AUGAAAAACCUUGGAAAGACAAAAUAUUGUCUUGGCUUACAGAUUGAGCAUAGUGCUAAUGGGAUUUUGGUGCAUCAAUCAACUUAUACUGAAAAGGUAUGGAAGCAGUUUGGCAUGCAUAAAGCCCAUCCACUUAGCACUCCAAUGGUCGCUCGGUCGCUUGACACUAAGAAAGAUCCAUAUCGUCCAAAAGGAGAUGAUGAAAUGCUCCUUGGUCCAGAAGUACCAUAUCUUAGUGCAAUAGCAAGAUACAACUCUGCUCUAACAAGUCGACAUUGGACCGGCAUCAAACAUAUUCUACGAUAUCUUCGUGGGACAACAGACAUGGGCUUAUUCUAUUCCAGUGAAUCGACCAAUGCCCCGAGUAUUGUUGGAUAUGCUGAUGCAAGAUAUCUCUCUGAUCCACAUCAUGGAAGCUCACAAACUUGGGUAUGUGUUUACAUGUGGAGGAACUGCAAUCUUAUGGCACUCAACGAAACAAACAUUGGUAGCCACAUGAAGCCAGUCGUGAAUGCGUUUGGUUAA